AUGUACAUAUUUAAACUCUAUGAAAAUAGAUCUAGCUCUGAAUGUAAGAGAUUUGUUAGUAUAAUUCAGCCUUUUUUUAGUUCAUUUUGAACUAACCCAGGUGGAAACAACUUAUGAUAUUAAUAGAUUUCUUCGAACGUAUAAUUUAAUAGACAUGGCUAGACUGCAAUGGAAGAAAUACAGAACAAUUGCAUUCAUUAGUGCAGUAGUUUUAUUUUAUUUAAUAAUUCAUUCUCAAUCCUACGAACACAAAGCUUUCAUAUUUUUGCCAAAAGUACAUCCGAACGCGCCUUGGGAAUUUGUAGCAGACUUUAGCAAUAUGAAAUUUCUAAAUCCAACAAUCAUAAGCUUCAAUAUACUAAAGGAAAGUGGUAACUACGAACAUUGGAAAUACACGACAGAAUAUUACGAGAAACUGUCUCAUUGGCCUUACUUGCCCAAUUAUUCCGUGGCCCACUUCAAUGUUAAAGCCUCGCCCAAGAAGGAUGUAUAUUUUAUUAAUUCCGUUCACCAGACAUGUUUGUUUAUGGGGUAUUAUUGCUUGAACUCGGAAAGCGAAUUCAAAUUUUAUCACAGUAAUUCUUCCAAAGGGGCUCUGUGUGAGGAGUUUGUCAGGUAUGAAUGUCCCUUUAUUCUCUCAUCAUUUUGUAGAAGGGAGGUGCAAUAUCAAAGAAAUGCCAUUAUGAACAAUUUAUCGAAGAAAUUUACUGGAAAAUCUACAAAUAUUUUAAGUUAG